GAGAGACAGAGCUCUUUCACUCUCCGUCUCUCGCUCAGUUGACAACAAGACAGUGAGCGGGAAUCCUGAAUCCCUCGGAAGACCUGGAGCACUAGAUUUUGAAGAGCUUGAAUGGCCUGCGGUUGGAUGACUAUGCCACAGAUACAUGUCAGGACCGAUCACACAGGCACACAUGUGGCCCUGCAGCGUAAGCUGUGGCUGUGACCGUGCUAUCAAGGAAAUUCUUGGGUCCCCCAGGGUCACCUCCGUGGGUUUUCUAUCUGGUGGUUUGUCCAGCUGCACAAGCUUCUGUUUCCACAUCACGGACACACAAAGCACACUCUGUAUGGACGUGCAGUCUCAGUAACUCAAGAGGUCACUGGAUUGCGGCACCGUUGUCUAGCAUGACUCAAAGUGGAUUCACCUGAUCAUCACACUGCAGAAAAAACAAGGGACAAAACCAAACAAGGGAGACUCCAGAGACACAAUGGCCACUGAAGAGAAUCCGACACAGGUGGGAGCUGUCGUGCUGAUUCCUACAUCCACUGGGAGCAGAACCAGCAGAGACGCCAAUGACAGCCAGGAAGUACGGUGCUACUGUGACCAAUUGCUUCAGUCAAAACAGAGGAGCAGCCCUUCCAUCCCCAUAUACAGUAAGCUGUCGUGUGACAGUGGGAAAGGGCCGAUCUUGGACGAGGAAUACGCGUGUUUGGAUUACAACUCAAAACUCUUGAGCACCGACGAGAAACUUUGUCCAGAGCUGACUGCUGGCAAGAGAAUUAAAGGAAUGACUAACACAGCUACUUCGAUUCCUGGGAAAAGUUUGGAGGGGUCUCCGGGUCAGCUGGACGCCCCUGGAGAAGGUGUGGAUGCAGGUGGAAACAGAACUGGCAGCACUCACUGUUCCUGCACUGUGUCGAACCUUCACGCCAGCACAAACUCCUCUUGUUGCCGCAGCCCCAGAUCCAGUCCGAGCCCCAACUCCAGCCCAGCUAACAGUCCUCAUCUCAGCUCCAGGCCCUCCAGGCCCAACCAGAGACACGUCCGCCGCAGCAGCCUGCCUUUGUCUAUGCUGGCUUUCUCCAAGACAUCACUUUACCUCUCAUCCCAGGGCAGCCCCUCCAGUGAACCAGCCUCGUUGUCGUCAUCCCCCUGUAGCUUCCCGCUUUCCCACCACAACCAACAGCAUCGCCAAAACGGACACAUCCGCCGGCACCAUCUCAAAGAUGGCUACUCAAGUUUGGAGCGGCUCAACAGGAGGCCCAGGGUCAACAAAUGCUCCCUGGAGAAGAUGUUCCUGCGACGGGCAUCUCUGGAAGCCGUGACGUCCACGUUGGGGCGCGUCGAGAGGUCGCCCACAGGAGGGACCAGGCACUGCAGCAGGGGAAGCAUCAGCAGCGGGGAGGAGGACGGAGAGGCUUCCUUAGAUAACUCGGACUUUGUGAGGAACCGUAAAGAGCGUUCCACCGUCCUGGUGAGGCGGUUCUUCAAGAAUAACCAGAAGGUGACCAAGUCGGUGUGUACUGGAACCAGAGCGAUUGUCAGGACGCUGCCGUCAGGACGCAUCUCAGAGGAGGUGUGGGAGGUGGUCGUUCACCGCAGGAUAUGUCGACCCAGCAAGAAGGAGAUCUGGCCGAUCUUAACGUGUGGCGUGGGAGAGGAACUCCGAGUCUGCAGGGACAUGCUGCGCUUUGUCCGGGUCAAACGACAGCAGGUUACCAGCUGUGUGCAGGACCGAGAGGAGCUCAACCUGAUUCAUCCCGCCAAAAAGCUCCUGCUGUCUCUCCCUGGACGCGUGUGUCUCUGUGUGUCUCAUUGGCCGUCGCACACCGUCGGCGCCAGCCAAGCCAGACCCGAUCUGAACUCCUGUCUUAAUCCCCGGUGUUGUCGUCCUUCUCAGCCACCUCGGUUGUAUCGCUCGUGUGGCCAGAGGACGUCCGUGUGCUCCCUGCUGACCGGGGCCCUUCUGGAGGCCACAGCCGCCCUCGGGGCCCGCUCCGCCCUGCCCCUCCCUCUGCCUCAGGGUCCCACCAGCCACGGCGUGCUGAAAGAGCGUCAGCUGGCCAACAGCAUGACCAGCAGCAGCUCUCUUCCUCCCAGCGUCAGCGGGAUCAGCAAGGAGCUGACGGAGCUGCGGCACGUCGUGCAGUUCCCUGAGGAGAUCGCCUGUAUCCUCACCGAGCAAGAGCAGCAGCUCUACCAACGGGUCUUUCCCCUGGACUACCUCUGCUUCCUCACUCGAGACCUGGGCAGUCCCGAGUGUCAAACUAAACGCCACCCGAUCCUCAAGCCGUCGCUGUCGGCGCCCGCCAUGCCUACCCAGAGUGCUCGGCGGAGCAACGCCGUGGAGGACCUGGUGACACGAUUCAACGAGGUGAGCUCCUGGGUGACGUGGCUCGUCCUGACUGCAGGAUCCAUGGAGGAAAAGAGAGAGGUCUUCUCCUACCUGGUCCACGUCGCUAAGUGCUGCUGGAACAUGGGGAACUACAACGGCGUCAUGGAGUUCCUGGCAGGACUGAGGUCUCGUAAGGUGCUGAAGAUGUGGCAGUUCAUGGACCAGUCAGACAUCGACACCAUGAGGAGCCUGAAGGACGCCAUGGCUCAGCACGAGUCCUCGUCCGAGUACAAGAAGGUUGUGACCAGAGCUCUGAAUAUCCCAGGAUGCAAGGUUGUCCCAUUCUGUGGGGUUUUCCUGAAGGAGCUGAGUGACGCGUUAGACGGGACAGCAAGCAUCAUCAGCCUUAAACCACCUGCAGACAACACAGAGGGCGCUAUAGAGUUUGUGUCCGACUACAUCGGCCAGCACAACUUCAUGUCCCGGUCCGGUCCCAACGGACUGCACGUCCCAGAGAAGGAAGCUACCGUCAGCAACAUCCUCCAGAUCAUCAGAUCUUGUAAUCGCAGUCUGGAAGCCGAGGAUCCCGACGAGGCGUCCACCAGUCCCUCCUCCACGGGCCCGUCCCCUGCAUCCAGGAGCAACUCUUUCAGGGACCGUUGCCACAACCAUGCCCACUCGUUUAGGACGCUGCCAGAAUCAAACCGUGUCUUAUUCAUGGUCGGGGACUUGUCAGACUCAGAUGGCGACUUGUCGUCUGAGCCGGUGGGGAAGGAGGUGGAGUUCCAGGGAACCGAGGAGACGCACCGAGCGUUCAGCCACGGCACUGAGCUCAUUCCCUGGUACGUCUUGUCACUACAACCCGACGUCCACCAGUUUCUGCUGCAGGGGGCCACAGUCAUCCACUACGACCAGGACAGCCACCUCAGCGCCCGCUGUCUGCUGCGCCUGCAGCCUGACAACACAACGCUCACCUGGGGUAAACCUCAGAGCGGAGGAGCCCCCCCUCCGGAGCAGCCGCUGGGAUUAGGACAGACAGUGGUGGCCGGACUGGCUGAAGGUCUGCUGGACCUGGGAGUGGUGAAGGCGGUGUUUCUGGGUCACCAAGGAGUGGACGUCCACGCCGUGUGUUUGCAGAACAAGCUGAGCCACAUGACGGUGGAGGAGAACGGCCUCAGCCUCCUCUACGGCCUCAGCACCACUGACAACAGGCUCCUGCACUUUGUGGCCCCCAAUCACACGGCCCGGGUGCUGCACAAGGGCCUGUCAGAGUUGGUGAACGCAACCAGGAAGUUGAAGAAGUUUCCUGACCAGCGGUUGCAGUGGCUGCGGAGGCAGUAUGUCAGCCUGUAUCAGGAGGAGGGCAGGUACGAAGGCCCCACGCUGGCCCAGGCCAUCGAGCUGUUUGGGGGGCGCAGGUGGAACAUGAGCACCGGUGGAGCGGAGAAAGCUGGAGCCCAGAAGAACAGCCCGCUGAGCAUGAACGAGAAGGCCAAGAAGAAGAAGAAGGUCCUUGUCAGGGGAGACAGUGGGGAUGCCACAGAUGACGAGAUGGUUUCCAGGAAAACACGGAGCUGCAAGGAGGGACUGUACCGGAACGGGCCGGAGUCUGACAGCAUCGACCAAGAGGAUCCAGACGACAACUUCCCUGGACCCUUCUCCCUCUCAUCCAAUAAGAGCCCGGGAUUGCUUGCCUCUUCCUCGUCCUCCUCCUCUUCCUCCAGCAUGGCGGGGUCCAACCCGUCCCGUCCACAAUCCUCUCCAGUCCUUUCAGGAACCGUCAAGUCGCAGCCAGGGACGUGGAGCAGCAGGUCCUGGCACGGCCGAGGAAAAGGCUGUUUCCGAGGCUUCCAGAACCUCAUGAUUUCUGACAGCACCAUGAGCUUCAUCGAGUUUGUUGAGCUCUUCAAAUCAUUCAGUAUCCGCAGCAGGAAGGACCUGAAGGAGCUGUUCGACAUCUUCGCUGUCCCCUGCAGUCGAUCGAGUCCAGAGUCCGCUCCUCUCUACACCAACCUCAGGAUAGACGACAGAGACACUGGGCUGCAACCGGACCUCGACCUACUGACCCGCAACGGCUCAGAUCUCGGCCUGUUCAUCCGGACGAGGCAGCAGAUGUCGGACAAUCAGAAGCAGAUCUCGGACGCCAUAGCGGCAGCCAGCAUCGUGACCAACGGGACGGGCGUGGAGAACGCAUCACUGGGCGUGCUGGGAUUGGCUAUCCCCCAGCUCAAUGACUUUUUAGUCAACUGUCAGAGAGAUCACCUGAGCUACGACGAGAUCCUCAGCAUUAUACAGAAAUUUGAGCCCUCGUCAAGCAUGAGGCAAAUGGGCUGGAUGUCAUUUGAAGGUUUUGCAAGAUACCUGAUGGACAAGGACAACUUUGCGUCCCGUAAUGAGGAAUCCCAAAUGAACCAGGAGGAGCUGCACUAUCCUCUGUCCUACUACUACAUCGAGUCCUCUCACAACACGUAUCUGACGGGACACCAGCUCAAGGGAGAGUCCUCUGUUGAGCUGUACAGUCACGUGCUGCUGCAAGGCUGCAGGAGCGUUGAGUUGGACUGCUGGGAUGGAGAUGACGGCAUGCCGGUUAUUUACCACGGACACACACUCACCACUAAAAUACCCUUCAAGGAUGUGGUGGAAGCCAUCAACCGGGCUGCGUUUGUCAUUUCGGACAUGCCGGUCGUCCUGUCCAUCGAGAACCACUGCUCGCUCCCUCAGCAACGCAAGAUGGCGGAGAUCUUCAAGACGGUGUUCGGGGAACGUCUUGUGACGCGCUUCCUCUGCGAAAGCGACUUCAGCGACGACCCUCACCUGCCGUCGCCGCUGCAGCUGCGGGGGAGGAUCCUGCUGAAGAACAAGAAGCUGAAAGCCCACCAGGCACCGGUGGACAUCCUCAAACAGAAGGCUCACCAGCUCGCCCACAUGCAGGCUCAGGCCAGCAACGGGUCGCCGGGGGUCACAUCACCUGGCAACCACGCCAACGAGGAGGAGGAAGAGGAAGAAGACGAGUACGACUACGACUAUGAGUCUCUAUCAGAUGCUGAUGUCCUCACAGCCUCUACUGCCUCAUAUGGCCUGGAAGAUAACAUCCUGGACGACAAGCCCGAGGGGAAGAGCCCGGCAGACAAAGAGGAGCAACCUGUUGAUGAAGUCCCAAAGAGGAUGAAGAAGACUGACAGCACCACGCAGAGCAAAGGAAAGGUGUUUGACAUGGAGCUGGGCGAGGAGUUCUACCUUCCUCAGAACAAGAAGGAGAGUCGACAGAUCGCCCAGGAGCUGUCCGACCUCGUCAUCUACUGCCAGGCUGUGAAAUUCCCGGGCCUGUCCACGCUGUCUCCGGCCGGCUCCGGCAGAGGGAAGGACCGGGGGAAGAGCAGGAAGUCCAUAUUUGGCACCGCUCCGGCUCGCUGCGGCACAACAGGGGAGGUCACAGCCCAGAGCCGCACCCCUGGGAAAGGUGGCGCUGACCGGCUCAGCUGGGAGGAGCAGCAGACGUCGCCCACCCUCAACCCCCCCACCUCUCUCAGCGCCAUCAUCCGCACGCCCAAGUGCUACCACGUCUCCUCCGUCAACGAGAACGCCGCCAAGCGCCUGUGCCGGCGCUACUCUCAGAAGCUGAUCCAGCACACGGCGUGCCAGCUGCUCAGGACGUAUCCCGCCGCCACCAGGAUCGACUCCACCAACCCGAACCCUCUGCUCUUCUGGCUGCACGGCAUUCAGCUGGUGGCGCUCAACUACCAGACCGAUGAUCUGCCCAUGCAGUUGAACACAGCGCUGUUCGAGGCCAACGGCGGCUGUGGCUACGUCCUGAAGCCGGCGGUGCUGUGGGACCGCAGCUGUUUGCUCUAUCAGCAGUUCUGUCCGAUGGAUAGAGACGUGGAGAAGAUGAGCCCGGCUGUCUAUUCCCUCACUAUUGUCUCUGGUCAGAACGUGUGUCCCGGUAACAGCGCCGGCAGCCCCUGCAUCGAGGUGGACGUCCUGGGCAUGCCCGUGGACAGCUGCCACUUCCGCACCAAGCCCAUCCACCGCAACACGCUCAACCCCAUGUGGAGCGAGCACUUCCAGUUCACCGUGCACUUCGAGGACAUGUGCUUCCUGCGCGUCGCCGUGGUGGAGAACAACAGCUCCCAGACGACGGCUCAGAGGACUCUGCCCCUGAAAGCCCUCAAACCUGGUUAUAGACACGUCCAGUUGAGGACACAGCACAACGAGCCACUUGAGGUUUCCGGCUUACUCAUCUACAGCCGCAGGAUAGAGGAGGGUCCAACAGGGGGCGCCACUCCCUCAUCCCUGCUGUUCAGCUCGGAGGAGAAACAUGCGUCCCAGCCGCACUGGGUGACGGUGCACGGGGCUCCUGGUCCUGAGCCCUUCACCGUGUUCUGUGUUACCGAGCAGACCACCGCCAAGCAGCUGCUGGACACGGUUGUAGCAUCAUCUGGGAAUCCAUCGGAUUACUUCCUCUGCGAGGAGCGGGCCCCUCUGUUGAAGGAGCGCAGUGAGGCGAAGCGCUGUGCUCAGCAGCGACCCCUGGCUCCGGACGAGGAGGUGGUCAGACUGGUCUCCAGCUGGAGCACAGAGGACGGAUACGUGGGGAGGAUCUACCUCAAAACAAGAGAGGAGAACUUGAACGAGCUGAACACGGUGCUGGACGGAGAGGAGGAGUUGACUGUGGGGAGCAGAGAAGGAGGAGGAGGAGGAGCAGGAGGAGAGGAAGACAUGUUCUUUGUUCAGGUUCAUGAAGUCUCACCAGAACAACCGCACACUGUGAUCAAGGCCCCGCGCUACAGCACCGCUCAGGACAUCAUCCAGCAGUCUCUGUCGAAGGCCAAGUAUUCCUACAGCAUCCUCUCGAACCCCAACCCGUGCGACUACGUCCUGAUGGAGGAGGUGACCAAGGACGUGAGCUCUAAGAAGUCCUCGGCCCACAAGCCGCUGCAGCGCGUGCUGCUGGACCACGAGUGUGUCUUCCAGGCGCAGAGUCGGUGGCGCGGAGCCGGACGGUUCAUUCUCAAACUCAAAGAGCAGGUGUCGCGGGAGGACAAGAAGAAAGUCAUGUCCUUCGCCAGCGAGCUGAAGAAGCUGACCAGCCGCAGUCGCAGCAUGACGACGGGCGGCGGAGUGGACGGCCCCGCCCAGAGGUACAUGUCUGCAGCUGCAGGUCUGAAGGCGUGGGUGGCAGAGGGCAGGGUGGGGGCAGGACGCUUCCUACAGUCCUCCUCCUCCUCCUUCAGGGGGCAGUUCCCACCUAUUCAUCUGGCCACCUCGUCUCUGACCCCCCUCGUCUGGAAGCUUCACCUCCUCAGGAACUGGAAGAUCCACAAAUGAAUUCCAGAGCGAGAGAGACACUUCUAAACUUGGAGAUUUCCCCCCCUUUUGCAGGAGAGGCAGUGGUUUCGGUGAGUCCGCUCCCCUCUGCCUCCUGAAGGAGUCGGAUCCGGCCUCUCGGAGGACGGGAUUCGAGCCGAGCCCCCGUGACGGGUCAGGCUGCAGCUGAGCAGCCACUUUGCUUGGUUGGACGAUGGAGAGGAGUUUGUGAUGGUGAAAUCCCGCCCGGCGUCGUGGGGCGGCUCCGGCUCAUCUUGGUUUAUUGCUUGUCGUGUGGCUGCAUGUUGGGAGUCCAGGAGCUGGAAACGCCGUUUGUGCAAAUAGCUUCUGAGAGAUUUAUUUGUUAGGACGACAUUGAAAUGCAUGUUAUGGGUUAUUACAACAAAACGUGGCGGGUUUACCUUUCCUGGUUGCGGCCGGUGAGGGACCUGGACUCAAGGCACUCAUACAUAUUCAUGAAGACGUUUGCAUCAACAACAGCCCCAGGAAAUAAAGGAUGGUGGAAGUCAUUAAAAAACAAUCCACUAACUUUUCUGCUGGCUGCAGACAAAUAAAAACCCCAGUGCAGGUAUUUAUGUGUGAAAACACCAAAGUGAGACUUGGAAGAAAAUCGAUAUCUUAUUUUGUCGUCUGAACACGAAGUCUCUGAGACUUUACUUGUGCGAAUGGAUUCCUACAAACCAGAGCAGCAGCUGCUUGUGUUGAAGCCAUAUCGGCUGCAUGAUUCCGUGGAGCUUUUCCUUCUCUUCCAGAUGAACGGGAGGAAUUUGACUUCGCUGAGUUUGCUUUCAGAAGAGCCUUUUAUUUUCCAUCUCCCCCCCAAAACAGACCGAAGGACACGAGGUCCAAACGGCCUCUAGAUUGAAUGAGUUCAGUGUUGAAGGAGUUGAUUCAGGGAGAAUUCUAUUGAAUGGUCUGUUUUCCUCAAAGGGCUGCGGUUUGUAAUCGGAGGGAAUAAAACCUCUAUAUUAGUUUAUUUUGUAUCUUCCUGGCUUCCCCUAAAAGAAAGCACCCGGCAGAUGGAGGGAGAUCUGCUGAGGGAUGAAAAGGAAGUGGAGGGUGGAGGCGGUUUUCUUUAGGCCGGGGGCGUCGUGAAGGAGUCCGACAAGCUGGCUUGUACGAUUCCUUUCUUACUGUUCCAGUUUCACAGUACUGUACGGGCACGGGGACGGGGCGGUGCACACUCACAUCGCUCACAGGAGGACGCAGCAAAGCGAGAUGUUCUCAUGUUCAUUCAGAUACUCAGCGACGCUUUAGGUUGAUUUCUUGGACGCGACCGUCUCCGCCCCACAAUGCAUGCCACCGUCACUGUCCACGUUAUUUCAACAAACAUCUUAUCGUCUUAGCAUCUUAGCAACAGAACUAAGUAAUACAAAAAUAAGAAAACAAAAUGUUUUACUUAGAAAUGCUUCGUGUCAGUAGGACAGUGAAACGUUUUGAUCAUCGCCCUGAUACAAUACCCGAGUGUUGGUACCUUCACUAUAACUUUUCAAUGAAAUAGAAAAUUCACAGUCUAAAUCCACAAUAAAUUAUGAUAAUUACAAAUCCUAUUUGUUCAAUGAGGUUCAAUACUUUCAAGAACUUUGAGGAAAAACAUCUCAAGCUGAUAUUUUAGAGAAACAAAGCCUUUUCUUCUGCAAACAGCAUUUUGCACAUCUCGUUUUCCUCUUGCUGUUUUCUUCAGUGUUACUUCUUGACAGAAACAUGAUUGUUGUGAUUUUUUUUUAUUUUGUCUUCAUCAUUGUAUUUAUUCAUUUUUCGGGGCCAGUUGUGAAAUUCAUUUUGAAGGCACAAGAUAAAUAUUUGGGCAGUUUUUUUUCUUUUCUUAAUCUUUAUCUGAAUAAGUCGUCUGAGCCCAAACUUCCCCUCAACACAAUGAUUUGCAUUGAAUUGAACUCUAUCGGCCCAGAUUUCCUGUCCUUGAUUCAGCCUGCAGCAUCUUUAUAGAUCACUAAUAUUGAUUGACUUGUCAUUGAUGAUGAUUGUAGAGUUUAUUUUUUACUCACUGCUCAUUUCAGUUUUCUUUUAAACUGUUGUAAAACUUGAUUUAUUUGGGGCCACUUUUCCCCAUUUGUUCUGUUUUGACUUGUAACGUGUCUAUAUUUUAAAAUUGUUGUUUUUUUUAAAGACCUUUCCCUUGUUUCUCUUGCAUUUUAGUUCAGAUCCUCCGCGGAAACUAACACUUUACACUCAAAGUCAAAUGUGGACAGGAAGAGAAGGCCUCACUAGAUUACUAUGGCAUUUUCACAGCUACUUUACAACACUGACAACUCUCACAUGUUUCUCAUAUUAACUCUGAAAAACUAAUUUCUUGUGAGUUGUGUAACUCCAACUAGCUAAAAGCAAAACCUCGAUCAGAAUAUAUUAUGCUUUCGUCAAUUUCAUCCUUUCUUUCUCACCCAUUCCAAAAUGUUUCAUUCAUUUAAAAACCUUCAGGUAGAAAACAACUCAGCUAUUUAAAAUGCAGGAAAUUGAAUUUGAAAUGUGGGACUUUUAUUUUAUUGGCAGAAAUGUGGCCAAAGUCCAAGAGGAAGAAAUUAAUUGGACUUCCUGUGCUUCUUAGCUUUAUUUGUCUUUGCUCAGUGCCGAGUAACGUUAGAAUUUUAGUGCAAUAGUGAAGUUCUGUCACUUCAACUCUUGAGGUUUUAUCGUCUUGACGUCACUGAUGUGUUUUUAACUCUAAUUCUUUAUUCCUGAUCCCGACUUGGUUCUUUGAAUGAGUCAAAUCUGACAAAACUCACGCACAAAGAUUUCCCCCUGUCGGUCACGAGGCAGCAGGACGAGCCCUGAACGUAACUGUAAUGAGGUGAGAUUAGAUUCUGCAGUCGUCACUGUUAUCAGGAAGAAAACAUGUAGAAAUGUCAUUAUGCACAACAAAAAGAUUGUAUUAUAGAAACCGGUGAUUAUCUAUAACUAACUAGUAAUGUAUAUAUGUAUAAGCGUGUGAAGUCCACACUGACUUCAAACAGGAAGGGACGUUUUCUGUAUCAUUUCUGAUCCCUCUGCUUCAUCCCAUCCUCACGUUUUGUUUCCCUCCUCUCUAACCUGUAGACCUCAUUUUCUGAAUGUAACAUGUUCUUAACGUGUUGAACCUGAGACACGUGUGUGUGUGUGUGUGUGUUUGGAUGUUAUUUAUUUGAAUGUGAAGCCCUGGUUGGCAUUUCUCUGUUGUUGUUGUUUAUGUAUAAUUUCCUGUAAGAAGUUUUUUUUUUAUUUAUUUCAGUAUGAGAGAGGAUAAACUCUCCACUGCCCUAAUUUUACUAAAACGUAUUUAGAAAUGUAAAGCAAUAUUUUACUUUAUGUGUAAAAUAUUCAGUGCAGUAUUCUUGUGUCUGGCAUGUUAUACUGCAGCACACAGCAGCAUCCCUUUACGCCUUUUACUUUGUGACAGGUCAUUUCAUGAUGAUUUGGGUGUAUUCUGUAUAUCCACUGAACAUGACGUGUGUUUGCCGACCGUGGGCAUCGUUAGCACUCUGUUGUUUCCAGGACAUGUGCACUAUACCCUCUAAUAUCCACUAUCCACGCUGUGAUGGGGCUGUCAAGUGAACAUUUGUCUAUUUACUUGAAUUUUUCAAUGGAUUAUAGUUGGUGGAUUUUGUUAUGUACCAGGAUCAUAAUAAAAACACAAAUACGUAA